AUGAGUUAUAUGCAAGGUGGAGGCUGUGACUGCCGGCGACGGAGAUGUGUGCAUAAGGAUAAACGACAUCAAGACAGAAACUCAAGCUUCUCCUUUCUGAUAUGGAAGAGUUUGGCUGAGAAAACUGGUGGCAAUAAGAUCUUCAAUCGAUCUGAUAUCAAGCAGAAGUCAUUACAGAAGCUUCGAGAGAAAGAGGGACGUAGCUGA